UGGAGAUAAAGUCCCAGUGGUACAUAACAGGUUUGUUAUGAGGUUUGUCAGGUUUGUCAGAGGUUUGUUAGGGAGGACAGUGUGGACCAAUUCUGCCUCAAGUACAGACAAACCCAUCCAUGGGGUUGUCUUUGCUCAGGGACCAGGAUGCACAUGGUGGGUGAUGCAGAGAGACGGAACAACACGAUGUGUACCUCAGGGAGAUCUGAUUGUGGGGUGAGAAUGAAAUUGUUUGACGAUAUGGGGAUAAGGGGUGGAAUGUCCUAGGGUGACUGUUAUCCCCAUUCGUGUGUAUGUAAUUUAUGCUGGGUAUUAUGUUUUGUGCCUUUAAGACUGGCAGAGUGAGAGUUUUCUUUUGGGCCUCUUAUCAGACACUCGGCGGGACAUACAGAUAGCACCAGUGCAUGUUGCAGCUUUUCUGCUUUUUGCCCUGCUUUUUGCUUUCGCUCUUGCUUCUGCUUCGCUUCUGCUUUGCUUGCUCUCGCUUCUUUCCCCCCUUCUCAUUAGUUACUUUAGCUAAACAGUCCAAAUUCCUUUCUGGACUGUUCCCCCCACCCCGUUGGACCUGCUGACUGCUCCGGACUGGGAUUCAGAACACGGAAAGAGAGUUUACACCUUGUGACUGCAGCAGCUGCCUCAGCGCCGGAGGGACUGAUAACGGCAAACCCCCAGGAGAGACUUUUCUGAAUUUGUCAUCUUUCUCAGAGCAGUGGAAGAGUGGUGUCAUCCGACAAAGAGACAAGCCAUGGAUUCAGUAUUUGUGCCUGAAAAUGGCUACCUUGAUUUACUGCACAGUGAUAUUGACCCAUUGCAUCUGUGUACUUUCUUUGAUCCUAAGUCAUCUGGAGAUGAAGAAGGUGACUUCUCUACAGAUCUUGAAGUUGAUGCCAGCAACUAUGAACAGUUAAAUAUGGACUUCCCAUAUGAAAAUGGAGAUGGAUUCUACCCCUGUUGCAAUACCACGGAUGCUUAUGCUAAAAUAGCUGAAUUAGUAGAAUAUGUGCUCAAGGAUCAGCAGGAGAAGCAAGUUGAAGACAUUUUUGCAGGGAACCUUAUUUUGGAUGACAUUGCUGCUGAAAACACUGAGAAAUUUCCUGACAUAAAGAUGCAGUCAUGUCUUAAACGAACUUUCUUAGGCUCUGCAGCAGAGAGUUACUGUGAUGCUUCAGAACCCAAAUAUAAGAAAAUUGUGGAAGUCCCUGCAGCUUCUGCAGGGAGUGGCAGUUUCUUUGCUAUGCCCCUCAACAACCACCCAGUGAGCUGCACCUCCCUAACUAACCAGCACAUGUCCUGUUCUGUUCCUGCUGCCCAUGGGCUGGAAAGAAGCCUCAUCAUUCCUGGAUUGUCAGAACCUUUGACCUCAGAGUGCCUACCAGUCAGUGUAAAAGGGUAUCAAGCGAAUCCAGGCUUGGCAGGUCCUCCUAAGCAGAUAUUUAACUUUGUUCUUGAAAAUGGCACAUCUGAUGUGGUAGUUUAUCCAGUGCUGGAAUCUUCCAUGGAAACAUUCAUGUCUCCAGAUUUUCCAGUUAAUUUAUGUGAUUUAGAGAAAUUUCAAGAAGUUCAAGAUUCCAUAAUCCCCUCUGAAGAACCUUUCAAAAGACCUGAGCAAGUGGAAACUUUCUGUUCAUCCCUUAAGCAUUAUUUCCGAGACACGUGCAAAUCUGUGACCAUGGAGCGGGAAGUAAAUCUGGAUCACCUGUUCAUUGAUGGGACACUUGUUCAAAGUCAAACUGAAACCAAGACUGGAAAGAACAGUGCAAAAACAAUGGAAAAGGAGCUAAUAACCUUCAGCCUGCAAGAGAAGGAAAAGACAGCCAUUGAUAGAAGCCAAAUAUUUCAAAUCCCACAGCGUAAAAACUUAGAGACUAAAGUGAUUGUGGUGCUGGGAAAAGCAGGAAUGGGCAAAAGCAUUCUCGUUCAGAAGAUCUGCCAGGACUGGUCCAAUGGAGAGUUUUCUCAGUUUGAAUUUGUAUUUUGGUUUGACUGCAAACAAAUAAGCUUGCCUGAGAAGCAAUACAGCCUAAAGGAACUGCUGCUUGAAUUUUUUGUAAAACCUCAAGAGGGAAGCAAAGAGAUCUUUGAGUAUAUGUUGCAAAAUCCUGAUAAAGUCCUUCUGAUUUUCGAUGGUUUUAAAGGGCUGCAUGAUCAUGAGAAUUUUCCUCGUUGCUCAGCCAGCCAGCCUGAAAAGGAUUUGUGCAGUAUAAAGGAGCUGCUUUCAGGACUCAUCCAGAAAAAGAUACUCAAUGGCUGUACUUUAUUAUUUACAGCAAGGCCAAAAGACAAACUGUACCAGUACCUGUCCAAAGUGGAUAAGACUAUUGAAAUUGUGGGAUUUUCCACUCAGCAGAGAGAAUUAUACAUAACCAAAUACUUUGAAGAAUCACUCUACUGUGAUUGUGCACUGAAAUUAAUCAAAGAGUGUGAGUACUUGUUCAGUCAUUGUUACAGUCCUGUUAUGUGUAGAUUUGUUUGUUUUCUCUGUGAGACAGUGCUUGAAAUGGGAGAGAAAAGUCUUCCUUCAACUCUUACUGGACUCUUCCUGAAAUUUUUUCAGCAGAAGAUAAUGUUUAUGCAAACAGAUGUUACAACCCCACAAAAUCAAGAGAAUCUUGCUACCCUAGCUCGUGUAGCCUGGUGUCUUGGAGAAAAGCACCAAAGUGCCAUGAAAAGUGAUCUUAUUCCUUCUAAGCAAGUUAAAGAGUUUGCUCUGAAUUAUGGGUUUUUCCUGCCAUUUGCAUUCCCCAGAAAUUCAGAUAGUGAAGAAGAGGAAUUUGGCUGCACAUUCUCUGAUUUUGUCAUUCAGAAUUUCUUGUGUGCGCUUCACCUUUUGUUAGCAGAAGAGCUCAAGGAUAAAAAUAUAACGAAGUACCUGUCUUUUCUAUCCAAGAAGAAAAAACCUUAUAACUGGUUAGAUUUAAUGCCUCGGUUUUUGGCUGGUUUGAUGUUUCUCCAGGAUGACCCCUACUUCUGCUCUCUUUCAAAUGAGGAUGAAAAACAAUCAACCAAGAAGCAGAAGACACUCUUGAAAUACAUUAGAAGGCUGCAGAUUAAUACUCUCUGUCCAGAGAGAUUGCUGGAGCUUUUAUGUUGUGUUUAUGAAACACAGAACAAUUAUCUUCUGCAGCAUGUGGCCUUAAGACUCGAGCCAGAGUUGUCUUUUCUGGGGAUGGUUCUUACACCACCUGACAUCCAUGUACUGCACUCUAUUUUGAAAAGGUCAAGAAAAGAGUUUUCCUUGGAUUUGCGGAGCAGCAGCAUUGAUGUGCAAGGGCUGCAAGCCUUGGUCAGCCUAAGGAAUGUGACAUCCUUCAGGGCUUCCCUCAGUGACACAGUCAGGCUCUGGAAAUCUUUAGAACAGAAAAAAGACUACAAACUGCUGAAAGCAUCCACAGAGAAAUUUGUGCUUGAUCCCUUUAAGGCAAAGACAAUGAAGGACAUCAGUGACCUCUCUGACCUUGUAGAGACGCAGGAGAAGAUGAUUAAUUGUGUGCAAGAAGCAUCUGGUUGCACCAGCUAUGCAAUUCCUGCCAUCAGAAACCUCAGAAAACUCGAAUUGGCGCUGGGUCCAGCAUGUGGCCUUCAGGGAUUGCUAAAACUCGUGAAAAUUCUUGCAGCAUUUCCAUCACUUCAGCAUUUAGACCUUGAUGCUCUGAGUGAAAAUGGCAUAGGAGAUGAAGGAGCAAAGAGUCUAUCUGAAGUCUUUCCAUCCCUGACAUCACUGGAAACAUUAAAUUUAUCACAGAAUAAAAUAACAGACCUGGGUGCAGAGAGGCUCGCUGCAGCUCUCCCUUCCUUGUCCUCCUUAAAAACACUAAGCUUGUACAAUAACAACAUUUGUGAUUUUGGAGCAGAAAAUCUGGCAAAGGUUCUUCCUGCAAUGACAUCUUUAAGAGUGCUAGAUGUUCAGUAUAACAAAAUAACUGGUGUUGGAGCCCAGCAGCUGACUGACAGCCUACGAAAAUGUCCCCAUAUGAAGAACCUGGUGAUGUGGAAUCCCACCAUUCCCUAUGGAGUUCUUGAACACCUUCACCAGCUGGACUCCAGGAUCAGUGUGUAGAUUUAGAGGAUUCCAGAAAGGUGUCAUAAAGAAGAGGGGAGGGUGUCCUCUGUGCUUUCCUGUCUUCUUGCUGCUUUAUGAAUCGGUGUUCUCAUGUUUGUUGCAAAAAAAUCACAUUUCAGUUCCUAAGCAAUGCUUAAAUUGGGUGAAUUAUAGAGUUUUAAAAUGCUGUUCAAAGACCCAACUGUAUUUCUACUUAAGUAGUAAAAGUUAAGCAACAUCAAAGAUAAAAGAGCAUCUGGAUACUGUGACUGCCAUUAAAGGAGACCAAGAACCACAAGGAUGUUGUGAGUAUAAAAUUCCAAGUCAUCAAAGAGCAAACUAAAAGCUGCUCAACCUGCAACAUCUGAAGCACUGAAAGAUCAAAUCUGAUUGUUUAUUUCAUGGUGCCAGUGGUAACUGCCAUCAAAUUUGCUCUGAUGAUUACUUCCAAAGCUCAGUAUUAGAGAUUUCACCUGACUGUAUGGACUGAUUGGAAGCACUAGGGUGAGGAGGUGAGGAGCAUAAAAGAGAGUCAUCAGCCCUAGAAAAUUCUGAUAAGAUUAUCCACACAAUCUAGAAGUUGCUCUUUUCUUCAUAAUAAUCAGGGUUGCCUUGAGGGAUAGAAAUAUAUCUUCUAUGACUUGUUACAGAAACCUUCAAAAAGAUUGGGGAAAAAAAAAAGAGGUAAUGAGAAGAAAGGAAUUGAAAGUGAAAAGCUGUGAAGGAUUCUUCUAACAUUAUUGCAGAAAUCCAAAUAGAUAAAAAUAGCUAGCUUAUUGCACACAAAUCCUCAAUCUUUGAAGGUUUUUACUUUGUCUCGAAUGAGAACUCUGAAUUCAUAUACCUGGAUUGGUAUUUAAUUUCUUAAAUGCAGCUGGCAGCAUAAAUGUUUACAAGCACCAGUUUUAUACUUGACAGUGAUAUCACUACUGUGUGUGGUUUAUGUGGCCUUCUGGUUCAGAGUUAUGAGUAACCAGGCAAUCAGACAAAAGCACAUCUCAAAGCACUCUCAUGUCCAUGCUGCUGGUCUCAGUCCUAUGUAGCCCAAAUAUUCAUCCAGCUUACUGCAACAGCAAACCAUUUGUCUCUUAUAUUCUUUUAUUUCUGCUCUGUAAACAUGAAGAGAACUUAAAAUUGUGCAGAGGCAAUUGUCAGGUCAGGAGCACCAUUCUGGCUUCCCAUCCACAUACAGACUGAGACUGAACAACAAAAAGGGAUGGAAAAAGCUAGGAAUGCUCAAAAUGCUACAAAUUCGGCAGUCUUUACUACAGUUAGCUCAGGGUUAGUUCAACAACCUCUUUGAAAUCUCUUCUGCUAGGAAGCACUGACAAUACUGACCCAAGGAUCUGUGCAAACUAGAAUCUCUCAGCUAACCUCUCAAAUACUCUGUUUCUUGAUCUUUAAAAAUCCACAGAUUUAAACAGUUCAAAAGCACAACAUUCAUUUUCUUUCCAGCAAGUUCUACUCCUCUGCUUAAGUUUCAGUGCCUGCAGAAUCUUGACAGUAGGGAUGUGAACAACUUAAAGAGAGUGGACAAGUUAAAGAAAGAAGGGAGAAAGGAAGGUCUGUUUGUUGUUUCUGAGAGCAGGGAAUCAGACAUAAUGAGCAAAGAAACAGAGAGAGCAAGGAGGAAAAACUCUGUGGAGAAUAUGAUUAUAAUUAGAAUUUUUCUUAACUGCAUGGUUCUUCUCUGUAGCCAAACUAUGGCCAGAGCCAUGGGUAAAAAAUCUUAUUUAUCCUCUCCUCUUGGAGCUGCUUGAAUGGGAGGUAGUUUGAGGCAAAUGUGGUGUGAUAUUCCCAUCAGCCUGUGGCACUCCAGCCAUGCACAUCCAUGGUGAGCCCUUGUCUUGACCUCUCCUAGCUAAGCUUUGGAUGACAAAUGCACCUUUAGGGAUAUAUUCUGCAGCUGCACUUUACCAUGACUGAGUCUGAGAAUGUGCUAAAUAUUCCACAGGCAGCUGAAUGUUACAGAAUGCUGUCUGGACUACUGAAAUCAUGUUGGGUGUACUGCUGUUCUCUGAGUUAGUGGGAAUGUAUGUUUAUAAUGUACAGAUUGUAAAUUUUGGUACAGUGUUUUGGUUGUCUUUACACAUUUUUUUUAAAGUAUUAAUAAAAGUAACUAUUCUGUUUAACAGUA